GAGAAAUGGGAGCCCAGGGACUUCCCGGGAAAGCAGGACCACCUGGUGCAAAAGGAGUAGCUGGAGAGCCUGGCUUCCCAGGACUGGAAGCCAGAAACUGCCAAGAGCUGUUGGGUAAAGGGAAGAUCCUGAGCGGCUGGUACACCAUCUACCCCCAAGGCUGCAACGCCACCACCAUCUUCUGCGACAUGGAUACGGAUGGUGGAGGAUGGAUUGUUUUUCAGAGGCGCUGGGAUGGGUCAGUGAACUUCUUGCGAGAUUGGUAUUCCUACAAACGAGGCUUUGGCAACCAGCUGACAGAGUUCUGGCUGGGCAAUGACAACAUCCACUUCCUCACCUCACUGGGACCCUGUGAACUCCGUAUCGAUCUGAGAGACUUUGAAAACAACUACUAUUUUGCCAAGUAUGCUUCAUUCAGAGUUUUAGGAGAGUCUGAGAAAUACAAACUGGUUCUAGGCGACUUCCUUGGUGGAAACGCUGGAGAUUCCUUAUCAUACCACAAGGACAUGCCAUUUUCAACGACAGACCAGGACAACGACAUGAGCUCCUUUAACUGUGCCACAGAAUACAAGGGAGCGUGGUGGUACAAUGACUGCCAUUACUCCAAUCUUAAUGGGAUGUACUGGCUGGGCAUUCACGGGAGCUAUGCCGAUGGCAUAAACUGGAAGACAGGCAAAGAGUACCAUUACUCCCAUAAGCGAACAGAAAUGAAAUUCAGGCCAGUUUAACAUAGCAAGAGGGUGUCUGACUAGCACCAACAGGUGGCACUCAACAGCCAAUAGAAGACACAAAACAUAAUGUUGUUUGAGG